UGUUGAUGCACAUUGUAACGUGGCCAGCUUGUCAGCAGUGCAGUCUGCAGUUCAACCGGACUCGCUUUUUUUCUGACAAGUUCCUUUUUCUGUGAAACUGAUCACUGAAAAAUGAAACUCGCCUCUGACAUGUCACUCUGCAACUGACACUUCCAUGUGGACCAAGCAGAUAGCAGUUCUAACACUUUUCCCGGCUGAACAAGAAUUCUGCGCCAGUAAGUUGACAGAGUUUCCAGUGCCAGCAUAAUUUGUUUACUGUUCCACUGCUUAUGAGUGAGCCGCCUGCAUCUGGUUACCAUACUGGGAGUGUUCCUGCUUCAGUGAAUUUAUGGAAGACAGCACAGUUGAUCAUCAUAUUCCUACUGGAAACACACUGAAAAAAAAUCUAAUGUGACUUCAUCGCCUGCUUAAAAUGCAUGCAAGGCAUCUGGAAUGAUUUACAGCCGAAUUUCUUGUUUGGAGCUACAGUUUUGAUGUUAAAAGUUAACUUACAGUGUCAGCUGCAUAGUUGCUGCAAUAAAAAGCCAGCGACAUUCUAGGUCUAUACAUACAUGUACAUGUAGGCUCAUCAAAACUGUUCUCUCAAAGUUUCUGGCUCCUUACUUGUGGGAAAAACAUGGAGGAUUUCUACCCUUGCAGGAGCGCCUCAGAGGGGCGUUCCCUCCCCCGGAAAUACCUAAACCCAUCCUGCUUUGGACUGGAGGGUCUGGACUCCUCAGGGAGCUCCCUGGGGCGUAGCCUGUCGCCCCUGAGCUGCUGCAGUGGAGUCAGUGACUUUGACAGUAAUUGUAGUUACCUAGAUUCUGGUCUGGAUCUCGAUGGCACAUGUUCUUCCAGCACCCUACAUGAAGCCCGCAGUCUCCCAGUUGCCCAAGUCACCCCAUCCAAGGCAGAGCAGAGCCCUCCCAGGAAGAGCUCACACAACCCCCCGUCGAGCCUGGACAUCAAAACCCACCGGCCGUUCCACUCGGACUAUGCCAGUCUCCCCCCUGGCCAUGACCUCCAUGAUUCCCUGGCAGAUGACAAAUUCAUCCCCUUGGACCCGACUCUGAGCCAGUCCCACGUUGUGGCGGAUGCGGAACCCCUGAAGCACAGAUGGUCCUCGGACCAGAACCUCCACCGUGAUGCGAAGCCCGCCAUGCACGGCGGUCUGUCACCGAGCAGCUACGGAAUGGGAAUUCCCCACAAGCGGUCGCCGGUGAAAUCAGAUUUGUACAGCGGCAGUGCCUUCUCCAGCCACACGACGGCAGGGGACCUACACGUAGGAAUGGGCCUGCUCAGCAAGACGUCGAUGGAUUACCUGGAUAAGCCUGGACUAGGCUCCACAUAUGGAGCAGGUUUGAAGUCACAUGACCUGACGCACUGGCAGCAGCAACUUCAGCAGCAGCAGCAAAUACAGCAGCAAUUGGAACGGUUGCAGCUGUCACAUACAGGCUUACAGUCCAGCUAUCCCUAUUCCGGGUCGUACUCUUCCACCCUCGGAGCUCUGCCAGGCGGUCCACAGUUUGGCCAGGAUCUCGGCAAGUUGGAGGGUGUCAUCCGAGCCAAGGAAAAUCUCCUGGAGGAAAAGAACUUAAUUAUUGAGAGGCAAAAGUUGGAGCUAGCCCACGCCCAGGAGCAGCUGAGACAGAAGCAGGCCCAGGAGAGGCAGUUCAUGUACACCAGAGUGCAUGAAGACAAGGGAGAUUUCCUUCUCAUGAAAAUACAGGAAUACCAGUACGAAAACGCAUCUCUCAAAGCGCAGCUGGCGGAACACACCUCCAUCAAGGUUGCGGAAAUAGAACAACUGAACAAGAAACUUGGGGAGACUGAGUAUGAGCACGAAAAGCUGAAGAAAGCCUUGAAAGAGGCUAACGAGUCAAAGCUCAGGGAAUUGAAGGACCUGGAGAAAAAGAUGAACCAAAAGGAAGAGAGCGGUGAGGAGACCAAAGUCAAGUACAGUCGCAUGAAGGAGAAAUACGACAAACUCAAGAGACGAGUCAGCAGCCUGGAGAGAUACAUGGGGGACCUGCCCACAGCCGAGCAGCACCUCAAGAACACAGAAGUCAUCAAGAACCUGUGCGAGAAGGAGAAACUGCUCAAGGAGCGCAUCUCCCAGCUGGAGACCUCCUUGGCCGAGUCCAGGAACACUGUCCGCAACCGAGACAUUACCGUCAGCCAACUGGAAAGCAGGGAGGCAGACCUGAAGAUUGAGCUGGAAAGUCUGAGAAGUGAAGCCAGUCGUCUGCAGUCUGCCCUUGGGGCCCCCAAGGAUACCGACCCCACCAGCCUGAAGCUGUUCAGCCGGACGGCCAUGGAGGAACUGGUCCGGGAGCGAGACGAGGCCAGGGCAGAAGCUGAGAAGUUUAGGAAGAUGGUUGAAAGUAAACACAAACAGCUCAAGAUUCAGCAGUCACAACACCAAAAAGACCUGGUUGUGCUGGAGGAGAGACUACAACAAGAAGAGGACACCAUCACAGCCCUGAGGGAGACUAACCGAUCCAAGGAUGCUGACCUCCGAAAGAUGAAGGAUUCAAUGACAGCACUGGCCAAGCAGAGCCAGGAGCUGUACGAGCACAACCUGGACGUCCAGGAGCGCAACCAGGCCCUGGAGCGGAUGGCCUCCUCGGAUGUGGUGCAGGCCAGCCGCCGCCUGGUGGAGGAGCUGGGAGAGUGCGUGGCCGAGCUGCACGGCCUGAUCCAGGUCUGCACCCAGACGGCCGAGGGGCAGGAGCCCAACGUGUCCGUGCUGCUACGCUUUAGGACUCCCAGUGUAAGCAGCCAAGAGCCCGAAGGUGCCGAAGGCGACCCCCUCGGCUCGGACACGCUGCACGCCAAGCUGAAGCAGGUCAAGGACCUGCGGGCCGAGAUCGACCGGCUGCGAAGCUUAGUGUCCAACAAAUACGCCGAGGAUGUAGGCAACGAGUGCAUCACCCAGUAAUGAAGACCAAGCCGUCCGGAAGACUUCAAGCCACAUUUCAAAAGUUUGCCGUGAUAAGUUGUUGUACAGUGUCCCCACCAGAUGCUUUUAUUUAUAAUUUCCAUUGACUGAUUAGCAACACUUCACAGCACCUUGCACAUGGUCAAUCCACCCGGCUGACUAAAAGAAAGGUUUGCCGUAGCAUCCUGCAUAAAUAUCUCUUUUGUAAGUGUGCGUGGUUCUGAAACGAUCCGGAACGUACUCAACGUUUCGGAUAGCGUGCUCUGUCCGUCGUCAGGACAGCAGACGUUUUUUGAGACAGUAUACCGCUGUUUGUGGCAUUCAGUGCGAGCGGAUUACCACCGGGGACAAAAGCACUCCGCCGCAGCGAUGAGCCACAGUAUCGCUGCAUGCUAAUCUGGCCCCUAUUGAGAAGAGGUCAGCAACGCACUGUGCCAGAUUCCGGAACAAAAGAAAAUUACGUAACACUGCACAAUCUGGGAUCUUUUUACUACGCGGCAGGCCUGGCUGAAAUACUCC